AUGGCUACUUCACCCUCACUAUAUUGCAUCCUUAAUGCAAAUAAGCUGACUGGUCCCAAUUAUGUGGGUUGGCUGAGAAACUUGCAUAUAGUGCUUAUGCAAGAAAAAUUAUCUUACAUUCUGGACAUACAUGAUCCUGGUCCAGUUAAUGAAGAUGCUUUAGAGGAGGAAAAGGCCACAUAUAAGAUGUGGCAAAAUGACAGCAUGAUUGUCAAAUAUAUAAUGUUGGCCUCUAUGAGUAAUAAAUUACAGAGGCAAUAUGAGGAUAUGGAUGCUUCUUCCAUAUUGCUUAAUUUAAAAGAGCUAUAUAGAGAGCAAAGUCGAACUACUAGAUAUAAAUUAUCUAAGCAGUUGUUUUGGAUUCAGAUGACUAAGAGAACUCCAGUUCAAAAUCAUAUGCUGAAGAUGAUUGACUUAAUCACCAGAUUAGGUCAAUUAGGGUUCAUUAUGGAUGCAGAACUCAAUCAAGAUCUAAUCCUCCAGUCUCUCCAGAAUCUUUAUCCUAGUUUGUG